AUGCUGCAGACGCCACGGCUGACCGCCCUGACGCACAACCCCGCCAACGCCAUCACCAUCAGCGGCCAUCCGAAUGGCACCGUGAAGAUGUGGUCACCGAAUGUUCCGAACAAGCCACUCGUCUCGCUCCUUUGCCACCCCUCCGCGCUGCGGGACAUUGCCGUCGACCAGCGCGGCCAGGUGAUGGUCACCACCGGGGCGGAUCGCAGCGUUCGCCUCUGGGACCUGCGCAACACCUACCGCUGUCUGGCAAACGCCAAGCUGAGGACCGUUCCAAGCCGAGUUGAUCUAAGCCAGCGCAACCUGCUGGCCGUCUCCUCGGGCGACCUGGUGGAGGUGUACAAGCUCUUUGCCGGCGACCAGCCCAUCGAGCAGCCGUACAUGCGCCACCGACUGGACUCGCGCAGCAGCAUCAUCUCCUCGCUGCAGUUCUGCCCCUACGAAGACGUGCUCGGCGUCGGCCACCAGUCGGGCUUCACCUCGCUGCUCAUUCCCGGUGCCGGAGAGCCCAACUUUGACGCCUUCGAGGCCAACCCCUACAUGAGCCGGACGCAGCGGCGUGAGAUGGAGGUGAAGGCCCUCCUGGAGAAGGUCAACCACGAGCUGAUUGCCCUCGACGCGAACCUCCUCUCCAUGGUGAGCAGCGCCGAGCGGGCGCCCAAUCCCACCAUGGACGUGCUCAGGGCGGCGGAGAAGCAGAAGCAGAAGGGGGAACUGAAGAAGCAGAAGAAGAAGGCGAAGAAGUUGAAGCAGGUGGACGUCACCGAAAGUGAUGAUGAGGCGGCUUCGAACUCUGUAACUCAGCACCCGCCCCUGCAGCUGGACAGCUUCAAGCCAAGCAAGCGAGGCAAGAAGAAGAAGCUCUCGCAGAAGUUGAGAGGCCAGGAGGCCAAAAAGGAGCAGCACAGGCGACGAGUAGUGACCCAGAGUGUACAGCAGAAGCUGCGAGCUGAAAAGAACAAGUAA